AUGGGUAACUUUACCACAGUGACAGAAUUCCUCCUCAUGGGAUUUUCCAAUAUCUGGGAACUGCAGAUCUUACAUGCCAUGCUAUUCUUAUUGAUCUACCUGAUGGCUCUGACAGGGAACUUGCUCAUCUUCACCCUCAUCUCUCUUGAUGGACACCUCCACUCUCCCAUGUACUUCUUCCUGAAGAAUCUGUCCUUCUUGGAUCUUUGCUUCAUUUCUGUCACAGUCCCCAAAUCCAUUGUAAACUCCCUGAGCCGCAGUUGUUCCAUCUCCUACUUGGGAUGUGUAUUACAGGUCUUUUUAGUAAUUUUAUUUGCAGGAUCAGAGAUUUCACUUCUCACAGUGAUGUCUUAUGACCGAUAUGUAGCCAUCUGUCAGCCCCUGUACUAUGAAACCAUCAUGAUCAAAGAGUCUUGUGUGAAGAUGGCAGUUGCUUCCUGGUUCAGUGGAAGUGUAGUUGGGGCCAUGUACUCAGCUAGUACAUUUUCUUUGCCUUUCUGUGGCCCUAGGGAGAUCCAUCAGUUUUUCUGUGAUGUCCCUUCUUUACUCAGGAUCUCCUGCUCUGAAAACCACAUUGCAGUUCACGUGAAUAUAGCUAUUGGAUUUGGCUUUGUGGUUUUCUGCUGUAUUUCUGUCAUUCUGUCUUAUAGUCACAUCUUUUCAACUGUGCUGAAGAUUCCAACCACAGAGGGUCGAUCAAAAGCCUUUUCCACUUGCCUACCCCAUCUUAUUGUGUUCAUUGUUUUUAUCAUAACUGGUACCAUGGCCUACUUAAAACCACCUUUGGACUCUGACUCAGGUCUAGAUCUAUUGUUGUCUGUAUUCUAUACAGUGGUACCUCCAACCUUGAACCCUGUCAUUUAUAGCCUGAGGAACAAAGACAUGAAGACUUCCAUGAAAAAGUUCAUAGCUUGA